CAUUGGUAUAUUAAUUGACUGAAAUUUAUUGAAAAAGACAUUUUUAAAAAUGUUUAUGAGACUGCGUAUCCUAAUUUACGUUUAUUUUCUAUAAUCUGCUACCUCCAACAGGAAAUGAAUGGUAACAGCUGGCCGUCAGGAUUUUUUUUAAAAAUUAAGUGUGCUAUCUUAUUCUUAUCGAGAAAGCGACACGUAUGAUCAAGAGAAGACGUCGGCAUAUGGUUAUAAAGCAGCGUUAGUAGUAAAUGAAAAUGAAUUUAAUUGGCAGAUUUUGUAUCAAAAUAAGGGUUUUACAACUUUCAAUACUAUUGAAUAGUUUAUUAUUUGUCGUGCUUGGUUGUCCACAAUGCGGAGGAGAGGACCCUGCACUUGUCAAUACGGAAAGCGAAAGUAGCCUUCCUCUAUCUGAAUCAGAUUCAUUACCAUCUCUUGAGAAGGAAUCAAUACCACCGAGUGAAAAGGAAUCCGACGAUGGAUCAUCUGAAAAGGAAGGCACGAGGUCAAAGACUGAUUCUCUGCUCCUAGAUCAAUGUAUCCUUUUUAAUUAUUUUAAUAAAUUGAUUGAUUUAGGCCUAAUUGCAAUUCUUAGUCUUAGUCUUAAACUUAAACUUAAACUAAGUUAAACUUAAACUUAAAGUCUUAGGUCUACAUACUAAAAAUCUAUAAUUAUAAUUAAUAAUAGUCUAUGUCUAUUGACUUAGGGCAACUUAUUUAAUAGUUUAAUUUAAUGGUGGAUUACUCAACCAUUUUUUACUCUUUAAACUUAACUACUACUUAGUACUAGUAUUAGACUAAAGAGACUUAACAGUUUUGUUUAUUAAUUAUGAUUAUGACUUAGGACCUACUAGAUAUCUUCAUAAACCAUAUUUUAUGUCAUAUCAUAUAAAUAUAAUAUUAGUAGUUGUGCCUAGCAGUUGCUAAUGACUAAAACUAAAACUAAUACAAACUAUAAUACUAAACUGAUCUGAUAUAUUAUCAUUUACUAUGACAUUGACAUGAUUAUGAGUAGGCCUGAUUAAUGAUUAUAAAAUUAAUUAGUAAAUAGAAAAUAUUAAUACUAAUAUGAAAUUAGUAGUGGUCAAAUAAUUGAACUAGAAUUCAGUUCUGCCUUUCAUAUUUUUAUUAAUUAGUCUUGUCCACUUGGUCCAACUUGGAGAAGAAAGAUAUUAAUUGGCUCCAGUCCUAAUUAUUAUUAAUAUUAAUUUUAAUUCAAAUUAGACAAGGUUAAAACUAGACUUAGACCCAGGCCAGUUUACAACUAGGCUCCUCCUCUAAACUCUACUGAAUUAGUAAAUCACUGUCACUAGGAGAGGCAGGGACAUGGCCAUUAGAGACUUGGCCACAUGGCCAUGUGCAACAUAGAUUACUUCAAUUACCAAACAUACGCUCCUUCUUUUUGGCUAAUGGACAAGUUUAGCUCUCAUGCUCUACCUAUAAGUUAAGUCAACAGUAACAGUCCUUAUUAAAAACUUAAUAUUGUUCUAUUCAAAUUAAAGUAGCUGAACAAAGCCUUUCACUAUGACUAUUGAUUAGUAUAAUCUCACCAAAAAGUUUUAUUAUAUAAUAUACAAACAUUUUAACAAAAUUAAAAACCUUAGUUAUCACUGACUGGGCAGCCUUGACAGCUAUUUUAGAUAAACGUUAUUUUGUUCUCCAUCGAAGCAAGCAGUUGGAUGCCGUGAGGAGCAUAACGAUGCUUGAAAACAACCAACAACGACACCAACUUGUAAACAUAAUGCUUAAGCAGCUGUUCUUAGUAAGUGACAAUGUCAAGGCCAAUAAUCAUAAAUAAUAAUAAAUUAGAAUUUAUUUCUAAAACUGACGAUUGCUUUGUCAACCCCCCCCCCCCCCCCAAAAAAAAUCAACUUCCCAACCCUGUUCAUACUGUUUAGUAAAUGGUACUCUCAGACUUUGACAUAAAAUGUGUUUCUUCGUAACUCAUUUACUCUACAGUUUUGUUUAAAAUCCAAUAUUUGGGGAGGACAUACAUAUAAAUAUAAGAAAAUCAAUAUAAUUUUACCCUCUUUAGACAACUGGGCCGAUCUAUCAGCCCAGAGUCAAAUGGUGAAAAAGACGAAUGAUUGAUCCAUUGGCCCAAUAAUACAAGCGUUGAGAUUGGCUGGCUGGUCUGUGUACCAGCUAAUCAGAUUGCUUCUUGCAUUGCUUGCUGAUAUUUACAUUUUAAUGGGUGCUUCCAUUGAUAGUUUUCCAUGUUCUGCCAUUUUAUAGGAAUUAUUUUUUGGUACCUACUGAAUGCUUAAAAAUAUGUGAGCUUGAAAAAGCAUAAACACUCCAGGGGAAUAUUUUACGCAUUUUUUAAUUUUUUUUUUUUUGUGCAUUGAAUCUCAUUCAAAUGUUUGUUAGGAGUUAUUUAGGCUUUACAAUCAGGAAAUUCUACACAAUUCUGCAAGUAACACAUGUUUAUUAUAAGUGUAAAAAAAAAAAUUGCAAGCAUUAAUUAUGUAAAUCAGGAUAUCUCAUUUGCAUAAAUGUUGAGUCCAAAAAGGUUCCAUCUUAAGAGGGCUACAAUCUCUGAUUCGUUGAAUCACCACAAUUUUUUUUGGCAUUCAAUUAUAAAACAAAUCCUAAGUUCUACAGCUUCAUUGUUUUGUUUCUUUACUUUUUUUUUCCACUUUACUUUUUUAUAAAUCAUGAUGAUGAAUGUUUCAUAAAAAAUAAAAACUUUCUUUAAUAUCUUUAUUUCCUUUAAAAAAACCAGGUCCUUAGUGAGGCCAAACAAAACCUGACUAAUGCAGGUUAUUUACCUGGGGAUCCUUUUCCUGUGGAUGAGACAGUCAAAGAAAGUAUUAUAAUUAUAAUCAUUAUUAUUUGAACUCUUUUUAGUUGCUGAUUUAGUAAUUUAGACACAUUUCUGCCACCAUUCCUCAUUUGUAGGAGUUUCCCUAUCUUAUUUCAUUGCAUUAUGAAAUUAAAAUAUAUGAUAGUAGAACACAUGUUGGAUGAUAGUUGAACAUCUGUUGGCUAGAGUGACCAAUUUCAAUCGCUUCUGACAUUUUAUUUGAAACUCUUUAAAUGUUCUUUUCAUUGUUAUGUUUUCUUGGAAUAGAAUAAGAUGGGGUGGUAAAUAAUAUGGUUUUAAAAAAUAAUGUCUUUCUUGCUAGUUCUUACUGUGUAACACUUUACAGUGCAUUAUUUAUAAUUCUUAAAAAUAUAUAUUUGUUGUUGUUUUUUGUAGCCAAUUUAAAAAAGAGUCUGUCUCAAAUGAAAUAGUUUUCUUAGUAAGAAAAUUGGGAUAAAAAUAGGAAUAUAUUUGAUUAAUGCUUCUUUAAAAAUAUAAACUUUAAAAAAAAAAGAAUUAGAAAAAAGAAACGAAUUCAAUAUUAAUAAUUUAUUUUAAAAGGUAACUCUUUCCUACUGUAACAGAAGAAAUAUUUAAAGUAAAAAAUGUCUGUUCUGUUGGCAUUAUUUACAUAAAUAUCUAUGCUUCAAAUUUUCAGAUGUAUUUCUUUUUAAAAAUUUGAUAUGACUAAAUACCAUAUUGUUCCUAUUUAUGUUUUUCAUAGAUACCAGUAUUUUUAUUUAUUUGUUUUAAUGUCCAGAUUCUAGGCCGCACCCCAUUUAAAAACAUUCAAUAUGAUAAAAGUGUGGUCUACAUUCAGAACAAUACAGUAUGUGAUCAUUAUUUUAAUUACUUUUGUCAAAUAACCUAAAUAUAAGUUUUUUUAAUAAUAUAAGUUGAUUUAUUCACUUCCUGUCUAAGGCAUGUCAAAGGUGCUAGAAAAUACCGCCAUGUUUGGUGACCUGGUUCUCUUCAUGCCCGACAUCGUCCACAGCAUGUACGAUAAAGAAAAGGAGUGGCAAGUUCUUCUGGCAUGGUGUUAUGGAUUCUCAACUCAGUCUGGUGUGUUUGAAGGAAAUUUUGAGCAAAUUCUUAAAAUAGUGAGUUUGCUUUUAAUUAGUGAUACUUUUUCUUUUCUUCUUAGCCUGUGAUUGCCUGUGAGUGUGAUGCUGCUAGUGCAUUCAUUAUCAUUUCCCAUUCUCCUCUGACAUAAGUCACAGUUUCCAGCUCACCCCAGUUCUUUCCAUCUAUCUCACUAUCUCUUUAUCUUAUCCCAUCACUAAGCUUCAUUUAGUCAGCUUCUACUUAGAUUUCCUUUGAGAGAGACUGCAAUGAUGUUUGAUUUUGUUUUCCUCUGUAUCUUUUGUGUGUGUGUGUUUGAAGAGUUAGUGUAAGGUGAAAAUAAAAAGAAAAUGUGGCUGAUUUGAAUUUUCAAGUUUUUGGCAAAAACGCUGGAAGGAAUGGACAUGUCAGUCUCAACAGUGCAGCUGUGCUUGGAGAGGAGCUGAAUUCUGAAUGGAAAAUCAAAAAAAUCAAAACUGAAUUCAGAAGGCAGCUGCUGACUAAGAUUUUGAUUAAAUUUGGAAAGCCUUUACUUUCCAGGAACAUUAAAAGUUACAGAUUGGCCUAGUGGUUAUGUCAUCACAAAUUUAAGGAGUGAAACAGUUGAUGAUACAACUUAUCCAUUUGUUUCAGAUGGCCCAAGAGGUGAAUAUAAUACCUAAAGAAAAGAAUUUCAUCAACCCGUUUAAGUCUAUAACAAAGGUGAGAAAUUCAGCAUUCGAAUUUAACGAGAUUUACCUUAAUAUAAUUUAUAAUUUUUCUAAAGAAGAAGCUAGAGCAAGCUUAGGAAUAGCAUUUCCAUUUCAGAGAGCGCUAAGUUCAGCAUGGCGGGUUGAGACUUGAAUGAAACAUGUUGACGAGUUACAUGUGAUAGCCUUGAUACAAUAGUGUUGACGAGUUAAAUGUGAUAGCCUUGACCCAACUGCGUUGAUGAGUUAUUUGUGAUAGCCUUGACCCAACUGUGUUGAUGAGUUAUAUGUGAUAGCCUUGACCCAACUGCGUUGAUGAGUUGUAUCUGAUAGCCUUGACCCAACUGCGUUGAUGAGUUACAUGUGAUAGCCUUGACCCAACUGCAUCCAAAAAAAAAAAACUAGAUGUUAUGUUGCCAUCAGUCUUUUUUAGUUCCACAGCAUCUAUCAUGAUACUGUUUCAUCACGCUACUGUUUCAUCACGCUACUGUUUCAUCAUGCUACUGUUUCAUCACACUACUAUUUUUGUUCUACUCAGUUACAAUCAAUGGUGGAGAAUCUCAAGAAACAAGAUCCCAAAGAGAAAACUAAAAAGCCCAAAAAGAAAAUUGAGAGGGGGCCAAAGCUGAGGAAAACAGAGCUUUGAGGUCAAAACGUUGGUUUGGAGGGGUCUAUCAAACCAGAAAACUGGCCAAGUAUCCAUCCUGGUUGUGUGUUGUUGAGUACAGGUCAUGUGACUCAUGGUGAUGACAUGUCUUCAGUUGGUCUAUCUAAAAAUGUUUUGUUUUAUGGUUGUUUUAACAUGUCUUAAUAUGCUCUUUUGUUUUGUGGUUGUUUUAACAUGUCUUAAUAUGCUCUUUUGUUUUGUGGUUGUUUUAACAUGUCUUAAU